UGUGAGAAUAUAGUCGUAAUUUUAUCAUAAAUUUAAAGCUUUUAAACUGAAAGUUUGCCUCGGUGAGUAGAACAAUCAGCGGGAAUUUUGUUCAAUCAGCGGCGGUACUGGCACUGGCGCACAACUUUUGUAGAUAUUCGGAACCGCGUUCACCGUUGAAGCUCACCGGAAACCCUAUCGAAGCACGGAGGCGAAUAAUCGAAGAUGAGUGUGAUCGACCUUUUGACCAGAGUAGACGCGAUCUGCCAGAAGUACGACAAAUAUGAUGUAGAGAAGCAGAGAGAUCUCAAUGUCUCUGGUGACGAUGCUUUCGCUCGACUCUAUGACACCGUCGAAGCCGACAUUGAAGCCGCUCUCCAGAAAGCGGAGGAUGCUUCCAGAGAGAAGAAUAGGGCAUCGGUUGUGGCGUUGAAUGCGGAGAUUCGUCAUACCAAGGCUCGAUUACUAGAGGAGAUCCCCAAGUUGCAGAGAUUAGCUGUAAAGAGGGUUAAAGGACUAUCAACUGAAGAUCUUACCACUAGAAAUGAUUUGGUGCUUGCAUUGCCGGAUAGGAUUCAAGCUAUACCAGAUGGAACUACUUCUUCCUCAAAGAAGAAUGGGGGUUGGAACUCCUCAACUUCACGUGCUGAAAUCAAAUUUGACUCGGAUGGGCGAUUUGAUAAUGAGUACUUCCAACACACUGAGGAGUCGAGUCAAUUCAGACAAGAGUAUGAAAUGCGGAAAAUGAAGCAGGAUCAAGGAUUAGACAUGAUAUCAGAGGGGUUGGAUACUCUGAAGAACAUGGCGCAUGAUAUGAAUGAGGAAAUAGACAGGCAAGUUCCUUUGAUGGACGAGAUUGACACUAAGGUGGACAAGGCUGCAUCUGACCUUAAGAACACCAACGUUAGAUUAAGGGACACAGUUAACCAGCUAAGGUCCAGCAGAAAUUUCUGCAUUGAUAUCAUUUUGUUGUGUAUAAUCUUGGGUAUUGCUGCCUAUUUAUACAAUGUGUUGAAGAAGUGAGCUAACAGAGGGAAAAUUCUUCAUCUUCUUGUAGAAUAUGUGUCAAGCUUGCUAAGAUGAGUAUCUAUAUCGAGUACAUUAUCCGAUCGUGUUUCUGUUGUUUACACUUAUUUGUAUGUCAUAUUCUUUUACACAACUCACACUGUAUUAUCAAAUCUUGGGUAUGUUGCUUGAUUCUUGAAUGUUCACUUGUGCAA